CGACCUUUAUAUAUACAACACCAAAUGCCAUAAAAAUCAAACACAGAAAAGAAAGCAUCAUUCCAUUGUGAUCCUAUUUCUCUCACCCCUCAAAAUCUCCGGUUUAUAAUUUAAUUUGUUAAAAAAAAAAUGGCGACAAAAAAGAGUGUAAGUAGCUUGAAGGAAGGAGAUCUGAAAGGAAAAAGAGUGUUUGUAAGGGCAGAUCUGAACGUACCUUUGGAUGAUUCCUUUAAGAUCACCGAUGACACGCGCAUACGCGCCGCCGUACCUACUAUUAAAUACUUGAUGUCUAAUGGCGCUCGAGUCAUCCUUUCUUCUCAUCUGGGACGACCAAAGGGCGUUACACCAAAAUACAGUCUGAAGCCACUUGUUGGUAGACUCUCUGAGGUUCUUGGAGUUGAGGUCAAGAUGGCAGACGAUUGCAUUGGUCCUGAUGUUGAGAAACUGGUUGCUGAGAUCCCAGAAGGUGGUGUCUUGCUUCUUGAAAAUGUCAGGUUCUAUAAGGAGGAAGAGAAGAAUGAUCCUGAGUUUGCAAAGAAACUUGCAUCACUAGCAGACUUGUAUGUUAAUGAUGCUUUUGGCACCGCACAUAGGGCACAUGCAUCCACCGAAGGUGUUGCAAAGUACUUGAAGCCUGCUGUUGCUGGGUACCUCAUGCAGAAGGAGCUUGACUACCUUGUUGGAGCUGUAUCAAAUCCCAAGAAGCCAUUUGCUGCCAUUGUUGGCGGGUCGAAGGUAUCAAGUAAAAUUGGUGUGAUUGAGUCAUUGUUAGAGAAGGUCGACAUCCUUGUGCUUGGUGGAGGUAUGAUCUUCACUUUCUAUAAAGCCCAAGGAUACAAAGUUGGGUCGUCCCUUGUGGAAGAAGAUAAACUUGACCUUGCCACAUCACUUCUUGAAAAAGCUAAGUCAAAGGGGGUGUCUCUUCUACUCCCAACUGAUGUUGUAAUUGCUGACAAGUUUGCUGCCGAUGCCAACAGCAAGACUGUUCCAGCCAAUGAAAUUCCUGAUGGUUGGAUGGGAUUGGACAUUGGACCAGAUUCCAUCAAGUCAUUCAGUGAAACCUUGGAUACUACCAAAACUAUUAUCUGGAAUGGGCCAAUGGGUGUGUUUGAGUUCGAGAAAUUCGCUGCAGGAACAACGGCAAUUGCCAAGAAAUUGGCAGAGCUCAGUGGGAAGGGAGUUACAACCAUCAUUGGGGGAGGUGAUUCAGUUGCAGCUGUGGAGAAGGCUGGACUUGCUGACAAGAUGAGCCACAUCUCUACAGGUGGCGGUGCUAGCUUGGAGCUACUCGAGGGGAAGACCCUUCCUGGCGUGCUUGCCUUGAAUGAAGCUUGAACCUCUCUUUGACCUUUUUGCCAAGAGUGAGAUAUGUUUAUCAUAAUAGAAUGGACUGGUGGUGUUUUUGUUUUCACGGUUCUAGUUCAGACUAGAAGUUAAUAAAAGGUCCUGUGAUAUUGUGACCGACCAUUAAUGGUUCUUGAAUUGGAACAGUAGUGCUUGUGUAAUCAUAUCCCUGUUAACAUUUUUGGUUGAUAUAGCUCUGUUGCUUUAUGUUCAUUAAUGGAACUUUUUAACACGUAA